ACACAUUACUUAUAAACCAAAGUAAAAGAAGAGGAAUGGCUAACUUUGGAACAGAAAGAGUUUACCAAGAAUUUGAGCCUGCCACUAGAUGGACCUCUGAACCAGACGCCGAGAUCCUUGUCGCUGAUCUUCCAGGAUUCAAGAAAGAACAAGUUAAGGUGGCUGUGACCUCAACAAGAAAGCUAAGACUAACAGGAGAACGUCCAACAGGUGGAAACAAAUGGAUUCGUUUCCACCAGGAGAUUCCCGUUCCUUUGACCGUUGACAUUGACUCGGUUUCAGCUAUGUUCAAAGAUUACAAACUCUACAUCAGACAUCCCAGAAUCAAGACAGAAACCCCUCAAACUAAGCCACCAGCACCGGUUAAACCACCGGUGGUCACGAAAACCCAUGAUCAACAUGAGGCAAAACAAAGCCAGGGCUCUAAAGCAACAACGGUCCAGAAGCCAAAACGCGAUCAGGUGAAACAUGAUGCAGAGCAAAAAGCAGGGGAAGUAAAGAGUGGCAAAGAGGGAUUAACUGGUGAGCCUAAAGGAGCUUUGAGUUCCAAGGAUCAUGAGGAGAAGGACAAAGUUGGAGCCAAAUGGUUUGAGAAGUACAAAGAGGCAACUGGAAACGUGGUAAAGGAAGCUAAGAGCAAACGGCAGCUACUUUGCAAUUUGACUGCUUCCAUUGUAUUGGUUCUACUAAUACUACUGUAUGCUAGAAAUGCAGUACGUUCAUCUCUGGUGUGGAACUCCGAGGAAUGAGUUAUAUUUGCGUCUCAUGAUGUAUAAGAUUGCUUAUGCACAGAAAACAAAUAAAUAUUUGAUAAUUACCCUAUAUAUGUAUGUACACAAAUUUGUGAUAAGA